GGCGGCAAUGGCGGCGUCGGCGGCGGGCCUGGUCCUUCUGGCCUCGGCCCGGGCCUGGGUCCCUCGCCCGGCCUCGCCCUCCCAGAGGAAGCAGCAGCAGCAGAAGAGGCUCCUCCGCCUCCAGCUCAGCGCCGCGCCCGGCCCGGAGAGAUUCCGGCUGGGCCUCAAGGGCCUCCAGGGCGGGCCUGACUCCGGGACGGAGCAGAGCCUGGUCGAGUACAGCCUCAAGGAUAUUUCCUACGAAGUGAAGACCGCCACGUGCCACGAGCUGAAGGUUUUAGCCCGACCGGAUGACCCCCUGGUCUUUCACUUUGAGGAUGAGCAGGAGGCGCAGAAGUGGUGGUCCGUGGUCAGCACUUCCCUCCGGGAGGCCCAGAAAGCCUCUGAGGGCCCCGGCUUGCUCCCUGGCCGGCUCCUUCCCCCUCCCUCGGCUGCUGUGAACUCUCUGCCUGCGUCCGAACCAGAGGCUUCUCUGCUUUCGCAGCUGGCAAGGAAAGAAGAGUUGGCGCUCCGUCUGUCCGCGGCCAUUGAGCUCGGUGACGAGGCAGAGGCCGUGCAUUCGGCCACGGCACUCUCCCAGCAGCAGAUCCCGCUGCGCAUCCUGCUGAAGGAGUCCUUCUACCCCACCAACGAGAUCAGCAUGAAGGUUCAAGUGGAGGACGCCAUGUGCUCGGCCAGCAUCUCCACCCGUGUCCACACCCACACCACCAUCGCGGCGCUCAGGCAGCAGGUCUUUCAGCACUACGGCUUCCACCCCAGUGUCCAGCGCUGGGUCAUCGGCCAGUGCCUCUGCGUGGACGACCGGACGCUCAGCUCUUACGGGAUCCGGCGGGACGGGGACACGGCCUUCCUCUACCUGCUCUCGGCCAAGGGGGCCAACCUCUCGGAGCAGCGCUUCAAGGAGGACAAGGACUGGGUGGUCCUGCAGCCCGCCCCCUCCCCGCCGACCGACCCCUCGGACGCCCGGCGCAAGUACAGCACGCUGCCCAACCCCUUGUCAAAGAAAGCAGGUUCGAAAGACGGGAACAGGAAGAUGGACUUUGGGGAGAUCAGCCAGUUCCUGGGCUCUCUGCAGCUGGGCAGCCUCCUUCCUGGACACAGCCGGGCCCCUCCGGCCGCAGCUCCUGCCCCUCCUUCUCCUGUGCAGGCUGGCUGGCCCUGCCCCACCUGCACUUUCAUCAACAAGCCCACCCGCCCCGGAUGUGAGAUGUGCAGCACCGACCGUCCCGCCAACUACGUGGUCCCUGGGAGCUACCAGCCGGACGAGACGGAGCUCUGGCGGAUCCAGCAGGAGAAGGAGGGCAUCCUGCAGUACCAGAAGGCUCAGGAGCAGGAGCGCCUGCGUAACUUCCAGCAGCUGCGCCGCCUGGACGCGGAGGCUCUGGUGCCCAACCAGGAGUCCAUCGAGUGCCGCAUCUGCUACAUGGAGGCGGAUCCCGGGCAAGGGGUGCUCCUCCGCGAAUGCCUCCACAGCUUCUGCAGGGACUGCUUGCGGCAGCUGAUCAACUGCACGGAGGAGCCCCAGGUGCCCUGCCCCUUCCGGGACGACUCCUACGCCUGCGGCAGUCACCUCCAGGAUAGAGAGAUCCGGGCGCUGGUGUCCUGGGAUGAGUACGAGCGCUUCCUGGAGCGGCGGCUGGCGGUGGCGGAGAGCCGGGCCCAGAACAGUUACCACUGCCAGACGGUGGACUGCCUGGGGUGGUGCAUCUACGAGGACGACGUCAAUGAGUUCCGCUGCCCCAUCUGCUGGGCCCUCAACUGCCUCGUCUGCAAGGCCAUUCACGAGGGCAUGAACUGCAAGCAGUACCAGGACAAGCUGCAGUUCGAGGCUCACAACGACGCCGCGGCCAGGGAGACCAGCAACAUGCUCAAGAUGCUGGUGCAGGUGGGGGAAGCCAUGCACUGCCCGGUGUGCCGUAUCGUGGUGCAGAAGAAAGGUGGCUGCGACUGGAUCCGGUGUCCGGUCUGCCAGACAGAGAUCUGCUGGGUGACCAAAGGGCCGCGAUGGGGGCCGGGGGGCCCCGGGGACACGAGCGGAGGCUGCCGCUGCAACGUGGACGGAGAGCGCUGCCACCCCAACUGCCAGAACUGCCACUGAGCUCCACUCUCACCGGAGGGACGACAGGUCAGACUGGACACGGCCUUUGGCCAGCCCAUUUGGCUGCCUUCAAGGGCCAUCUGCGGCACAGAGGAGCGUCUAGAUGCCCUGGAGGGGCCCCUGGCACUCACCUUAGGGAUGGGGCCCCAGAGAAGCCUCGGCAGGGGCAGUU